ACUUUUUUUCGAGUACCAUCGCGGCAGCGGCACCCUUUUUGGAAAUUCGUCGCGGCGCGGGAGAAAAAAAUUUGUUUAAAAAUCAUCGCGGUGCGGCAGCGGCAGAUUUCGAGCCGCGAUGGACAUCUCUGUUUGGAAGCCAUCAAAAUAUAUUGAAACUUCAUUGGCCAGCAAUUAACUCAUCAGAGGAAUUCGGCCUUGAGAUUUGUUUAAAAUGAUUUCUUUAAAAUCAUUGCUCUUUGCAAUUUAGACUUAUGAUGUGACCAAUCUAUAGAAAAAAUUUUUCUCUUACGACCUACGCAAAGGCGACAUUUCUAGUUUGUUGAAUUUGAGAGUCAUAAAAUUCUUUCUGAGACCUCCGGCUGCAGCCAAUUGACCUAUGAUCGUCCACCACAAAAACUAAACAGGACUAUUUUCCGGUAUUAAGUUUAUUAGUGGUAUUAGUUUUUAGGUUUGAAAUGAUCUGCCACUUUUAUUUCAAUAUUUCUGAAAUGUCGACUCCUCCGUUACAUUGAGGUUAGGUGCGGGUAUGGGUGUCGGUGAAGAGAAGACGAACAUUUGCAUCCUUCAGUCAACGUUCCACAUGCCGAAAAUUCUUUAGAGAGAAUGAUGGUCGUUUUCAGAUUUCUGCGAAAGCAAACGACUUUGGCAGGAUAUUAUCAUAUUAUAGGAGCAUCGCUCCUGUAAAGGUAGUAGACAGAAGUUUUUAUUGGCUACAAGACGAAAAAAAAGUAUCUAUAAUGGAUGAAUCAUUCAGCAAUGAAUGACUUCAUCAUCCUGUUUUGUAAUAGAAGUUACUCUAUGUUGGAAAACGGCAGUACUGUUCCGAUUUCUCUAGAAAUAAGAUUUUAUAAGCUGUUCUUACAUGGUAUUAUAAAAAAUCGAACGAAGUCUCCUGAAACUAAUUUUAUAUUGCUACCAUGAAACAUGAUUGACUUAAGCAAAAAAAAUAAACAAUAUGAGAAUCUUUUCUACCAAGCUCAUUACAUACUCGAUAGAGUAUCUAAAUAGUCUACAUAACAUGUGUAGAAAACGAGAUAAGCACUGAUAACAAUGGGAGAAACUUCGUUCCAACUCAAACAAAGUCAACAAAGCGCAUUUUCACGUGUUAAAAUAUGUGCUACAUACAUUCUGAAAGCGAAGUUUUAUUCUGAAAAACGAAGUGUGUUUUAAGACAAUUAUUUCCAUCAAGCUGGCUUUUAAGAAAAUAAAAAUAGGUUCUUUUAUCUUUUUUCAAGAGCAAAAAAGCCCCAUUUUCACACAUUCUUUUUAACCUGUGAAAAUAAGUCCUUGUCUCAAUGCAGAUGAGAGUGCGAUUAACAAAGAUAUUCACUUCGACUAGUUUUGGACUAGUUCACUCUUUUAAAAUUGAAACUGUUACAUACGUAGUAGAAAGAAUAGUGUAUAAUAUAUGAUAUUAGUAGUGAUUCAGGCGAACAUCAGUAAGAAAUUAGUAAGCGGGAAAAACUGUUUUGGUUGUGGAUGCAAAUGUGGAUCACACCCACAGUCGACAAAAGAUGUCAAAAGUUCGAAAAUAGUGCAGAAUGUUAAUCUAGUCUAAGCACAGUUAUCUAUGUCAUUUCGCGAUUCUACAUUGUUUUUUUUUCUUUCCCAAAAAUAUAUUUCCUCUAACAUAUGGAUAUUAUAUUCCUAAUAUCAACAUAAAAUGUCUUUAUCAAAAAAAAAGACAACAAUGUUUUUUUUCUUUUAUUAUACUCAUACAGUAUCUUUCGACAUAUUGGUAUCACACUUGAGAUUCGUAUUUUUCGACUGAAUUCAGAUAUACCAUAACUAAUUAGUCAUUUUAACCAGCUUGACAUUUGAGGAGAAGAAAAAAUUUGUGCUGAUCAGAUAGAGAAUAUCUGAAUAUGUAGGAAAUUAACUUUAAGAUUUGGUUUUUGUUAUCAUAAAUUUCAAAGUUCAGAAAAGUAUCAGAAAACGAUUACAUUGUUCUUGUUAUUGAGGCUCAUCUUCAGUUGAGACAGCGCCUCAAAAUUCUGGCUAGUGGUUAUUUGCACAUUAUUUUGUAUAAAAUUCAACUGUAAAUCUUUUCGGAGUAGAAUUACUUCGAUAGAGUUUGGAAAAGAGAAGAAAUCACAAAGAUACGAAGAGAGUGUAAUUUUUCUUCUGACACUUUAAAAAUACUAAGUUGAUACCUUUUGUUCGCGCGGAAAGAGACCACACAUACAUGCGCCUCAGUGCAUGUUUGUCGUUAGCAAGUAUUGAUAGACGAAAGAAUGACAUGUGUUGUAAAGAAAUCUUUCCUUCGCAACACGUUGUGAUAAAAUUUUUCUCUCUUUCUCCAUGCGACACACGACGAAUGUGUAUGUAGUGUUGUUUCUCUUGGGUAGAAAGAAAUAUAUCACUUUCGGUUCGAGCUGUCUUGGUCAUUGAAACACCCAAUGAGAAUGUUGUCAUCUAAUUAUCGACUAUCUCGACAAUCAAGUCCUUGACUGACAAGACUAUCCCAAAAUGUUGAAAUUAGAGAAAUUUCACUAUAUAUUCGGAUUUUUAUUUAAGAUCAAGAACAAACUUAAGGUUGCUUUCGAACUCCUCUCUCCUGGGAACAAAUAUCUGAAGUGGAUAUGAUUGCUAUGAAUUUUUUUUUUCGUUACGGUAGAUCCCUCCUCAACAUUAUUUUUAAUAUACAUGUUUAUUUCAGAUAAAUGUCGAAAGAAUAUGAAGCAGCUAAAUACAAUAUAAAAAAUAACGAAUUAAGUUCGUUAGUGAUUUUCUACUAAAAUUAAAUAGAUAUUAUCUAACUCUUUUGUUUUUCAGUUACUUCUACUCGUUUGGAAGAUCUUUCAAAUGAAUUGAUCUAUGAAAUAUUUAAUUAUUUUGAAAGUUGGAAAAUCUAUGAAAUAUUUUUUCAAUUGAAUAUUCGAUUUCAACAUUUAUUCACUAGUCCAGUUUUUCGUCUCGAAAUUAAUUUACCAUCAAUAUCAAAGACGAAUUUUCUUCGUCGAUGUGAAGAACUUGUAAAACCGAAUAUUAAUCGAAUUGUGUUACUUUCUCUAUCGAAUUAUUGUGCCAUUGAUAUCUUUCUCAAAUUAUUCUCGAUUCAUUCAUUUAUUCAUCUUGAAAGACUCAUUCUCGAUGAUGUAACAUCGAACAAUCUUCUCGUUCGACUGCUCAAUUCUCUCGUAUCACUACCACGUCUCUUUAAACUUUCUAUUACUUUAUCAAGUUAUUAUGUAGAUGAAAAUAUUGUACUUCAAUGUAUUUUUCGUUUGCCUAUAAUCAAAUAUUGUAAAUUAACAUUUGAUGGAAAUCUCGAUUGUAUAUGUUUACCAUGUGCUCAUGAUAAAAAUUGUCAAUGUCAAACACUUAAACAUCUGAUUAUCGAUGGUGAUUUUUGUCUCAAUCAACUUACUCCAAUUUUAACGUAUACGCCUCAAUUGACAUAUUUAUCUUGUCGAUUUCAAUCAGGAUUUGAUUAUAAAACAAGUGAACAAUUGCUUUUGCCAUUUCAUUCGAGAUAA